AUGCAGCUCACCAACGCUCUCGUCGUCCUCUCGGCCGCCCUCACCGGCGUGUCCGCCCACCCUUCCGCCCACGGCCACCAGCGCUUCCACGAGCGCCGCUCCGUCGACGCCGUUGAGGAGCGCGACAUCACCUUCAUCAAGAACAAGGCCCCCGAGGCGACGCCGACCUCGGCCACGCCGUCCGCGACCCCCUCCGCCUCCAACGCGCCCACCGGCGAGUACGUCCCCUUCUGCAACGGCAAGAAGACGAGCAAGCGCGCGACCCUCGCCCAGAUCGCCUACUCGGGCAACACGGGCACCGAGGACGACUGGGGCUGCAACAUGCAGAUCAUCGACGAGUCCAUCAAGUCCCUCUACAACUACACCACCACCUUCACUGCCAGCGACAGCGACUACACCUGCUCGUGCUUCAACAAGAUUGGCCCCAAGGGCCUCAUCGACGGCUGCUGGUUCGCCGCCGUGACCUUCACCGUCAAGGAGGGCCAGUCCAAGCACCUUGCCUUUGACACUGACUCCCAGGGCUCCUGCGCCUGCGGGCCCGGCAAGGAGGUGCCCAAGACCUUCAUCGGCCAGUUCGCCGGCACCUGGCUCGAGUUCGACUGGGGCUCCGUCGCCAACGGCGGUAACUCCGGUGCCGACGCCUCUGUCCUCGUCGCCGGCGCCCAGAGCCUGCCCUACUACGGCAUGAAGGUCGUCGCCAACGGCAAGACCUGCUCUUGGGUCAAGUCCGACGGCUCCAACGAGGAGGCCUACAUGCCCGGCAUGGAGGCCGCUGACGGCGUCGGCUGCAAGGGCUACUACACCGGCCACCUCGACGUCACCCUCGGCGACAAGUUCUCUACCUAA